CUCCCGCUUCCCGCCUCCCGCCGCUUGCUGGGCUGCUGCGCGCCGCGCCGGAGGCACCAAGAUGGCUGUUCUCUCAAAGGAGUAUGGUUACGUCAUCCUGACGGGUGCUGCCAGCUUCGUCUUGGUCACGCACCUCGCAGUGAAAGUGGCCAAGGCCCGCAAGAAGUACAACGUGGAGUAUCCAACUAUGUACAGCACAGACCCUGAACACGGGCGUAUAUUCAACUGCAUCCAGCGUGCGCACCAGAACACAUUGGAAGUUUACCCUGCCUUCCUGUUCUUCUUGGCCACUGGUGGAGUCUACCACCCGCGGAUUACCACAGGACUCGGCCUCACCUGGAUCCUUGGGAGAAUCCUUUAUGCCUAUGGCUACUACACAGGAGAUCCAAAAAACCGAAGGAGAGGGGCCAUUGGUUCAGCUGCACUCAUUGGGCUGGUGGGCACGGGCGUGUAUUCAGCUUGCCAGCAUCUUGGCUGGAUCUGCCAGGACUAACUGACCCUUGCGAUGGCUGCUUGGGAAACUAAAGGGAUUUUUGUUUUGUUUUC